CCGCCUCAGGCUCUCUGUCAACAGGGCCGCGGCGGGGGAGACGCCUCUUUCUCCGCCUCCUCCGGAUUGAAAUCCGAAUUGUCGCGUCCUCCGGCCAGUCCAAAGAGGAGAGCUCCAUGAAUAACUUAAAUGACCCACCUCGUUGGAACAUUCGUCACCGUUCCGGGGACGACGGAGGUGAUGGCAGUCGAUGGAAUUAUGCGUUGCUGGUUCCGAUGCUCGGAUUGGCUGCUUUUCGUUGGAUCUGGUCCAGGGAGUCUCAAAAGGAAAUAGAAAGAGCAAGAGAAGCAUUCCACCAAAAAACAAUCGCUUUCCAACGGGAUCUUGAAACCAGAUAUCAUGACACAAUCAAAGAAAACCGCCGCAAGGUUGCUCAUUUGGCUUUGGAGCUUGAAAAGGAACGUAACAGAACAACUAGUUAUCGGGAGGCACUGAUUUCCCAGAGCCACAAAUUAGUGGAGGAAAGAAAGGUUCUAGAAAGGGACCGUGCCCUGAUAUUGCAAGAAAAGCAACAGCUGCAACCCUUGGGAAAAGUAUAUCAAAGCUUUCUGAAAGAGGAAGAAGAGUGGCAAAAGAAAGCUGGUCUUUUGCUGAAAGAGUUUGAAGAAGCACUUACAGAGAGGCAAAACAUCUACUGCAGUCUAGUUCUUCCUCGUAAAAAGCGAUUGGAAAUGGAGAAAAACUUGCUAGUCCGAGCAGCAGUUGAUCCAAUCGCCUCAGAAUUAGAGAUGGGAGCUGGUUUAACAGACAUAUUUAAGCAUGACUCUUAUUGUGGUCACAUGUGGAACUCUGACAAAUACCAGAAUGGGAAACUCAUGUGGCUUUAUCUCAAAUAUUGGAAAUCAGUUGUCGAACUGAAAAAAUUCAAGAAGGUAGAGAAAGCUGUUUUAGAAAAGUAACAGAAAAGUGGAUGAGGAGGCUUCCCUUCACCAGAAUGUCAUUCCUGGUGUUCUCUGUAACUUAGCUGCUCUUCUUUCUUUGAUUUUGAGCCUGCCCUCUAGACUGUAAGCAGGGAAUGUGUCUUCCAGCUCUGUUAUUAUUAUACUCUCCCAAGGGUUUAGUACAGUGCUCUGCCCACAGUAAGUGCUCAAUAAAUACCAUUUAUUGAUUGGUUCCCGUUAUGGCACACCAAAACUACAGCACCCCCUAUCCUUGCCUGUCCUGACUGGCUGUUGGAUUUAGCUCUACUCAACAGCAGUUUACCCUUCUCUCUCCGGGAGGUGGAGUUGCUUUCAAGAAGUUUUGAGGGUGAAGCUUUCCCAAACCCAUUGGCAUUUUAUUUAGGUGAAUACCACCACCUCACACCUCUAGGUAGCCCUGGGGGAGGAAGUGUAUAAAAGAGUUAAUUCAAAAUCCAAGGACUAUAUUGAUUUGAAUAUAUCUUCCAAACCUUUUUGAUCUCCCCUUGCAUUAUUUCAAUUAAUGGUUUCUUCCCCUCUCCUCCCCCUUCUCUCAACCCCCCAUUUCCAAAUAUAAGAUUCAAAAACCCGGUGUUAAUUUAUGUCCAGAAGAGGGACGCCACUGAGGUAAAACUAGGUUGUUAAUAAUAAUAAUAAUGGUAUUUGUUAAGCACUUACUAUGUACGAAGCACUAUUCUUCGAUUAUUUAACCUCUAAGUUGUCCCUUGACUCCAAAUAAUAAUAAUAAGUUUGGUAUUUAUUAAGCGCUUACUAUGUGCAAAGCAC